AUUGCAAUAUUCUUAUUUUAUGGUCUGACAAUGCUAAAGAAUAUCUGUGUAAUCCCUUUCAGGUUUUCUUCCAACAGAAAGGGAUUAUAAAUCAGACAUCUUGUGUUCAUACACCUCAGCAAAAUGGAGCGGCUAUGUGAAAGAAUCGUCAUUUACUGGAUGUUACUCGUCCUCUCAUGUUUCAUACGCAUGUUCCUCACUGUUUCUGGGGUGAAGCUAUUUUGCUUGUGCGUUAUCUUAUUAACCGUUUGCCCUCUACGGUCUUACAUGGGUCCUCUCCCCACUCUGUGUUGUUUCCUCAGUCUCCAUUGUUUUCUAUUCCUUCCAAAGUGUUUGGGUGUGUGUGUUAUGUUCACAAUCUUAGUCCAAAUUUUAGUAAACUUGAUCCAUAUGCUACCAAGUGCAUCUUUCUUGGUUAUUCUCGCACCCAAAAAGGUUGUCAUUACUAUAGUCCUUCUCUUCGCCAAUACUUUACCUGUGCUGAUGUCACCUUCUAGGAGUCUACCUCUAUUUCUCUACAACACCAGUUCCUCUUACUCGUGUCCAUGAGUUGUCUCCCUUUGUUUUACUUCCUCUGCCAGCUCUUGUUCUAGUUUCCUUAUCUCCUGAGUCAUCUUUUGUGUCAAUGUCUCCUCUCGUAUCUUCCACCACGCCCUUAUAGGUUUACUCUUGUCAAUCAAGGCCCUCAUUGUCUUCGGAUCCUGCUACUUCAGUUCCCUCAAACUCUUUACCAAUUGCUUUGCACAAAAGUACUUGUUCUUGUGUUACUAACUAUCCUAUUGGUAACUUUGUUUCCUCCUAUUCAUUAUCUCCCUUAUUCUUUUGUUUUAUCUCCCAGGUAUCUAUUUUGUCUGUUCAUAAGAUUGUCUCAGCCAGUGUUAUUUAAGGUAUAAAGCGAAUCGAAACAACCAAGGCUCCUAACACCUAGGCGAGAAGCGAAACGACAUGUU